AUGGCAAAAUCUAUGGGGGCGGCAAGGGUAGACGCAUAUGUUGAUUCACUGCUGGUCAACAAUCAGGUAAACGAAACGUACGAAGCCAAAGAUGAAUCAAUGGCAAAACACUUGGUGAAAACAAAGGAGCUCAUGGAUUCUUUUGACAACGUCACGCUCAAUCAUGUGCACAGAGGCAAGAAUCAGAUAGCAGAUGCUCUCAGCAAACUCGCCACCUCAGGUAUGGAAAAGGAAGUCACAGUCGAAACGCUGCAGACACCGUCAAUCGAACCACGGAAUGUUUCCGCUGUUACAGCGGAAGAUCCUUGCUGGUACACUCCGGUUCUACGUUUCCUGGAAACGGGGGAGCUACCUCCCGCCAAGGGCGAAGCACAGAAGAUACAAACGAAAGCGAUGCAAUAUGAGAUCAAUAAUGGUGUCUUAUACAGAAAGUCUUACCUGGGCCCACUGCUGCGAUGUGUCUCCCCAACAGAGGCAAAAUAUCUCAUCAGCGAAAUCCAUGCGGGCCUAUGCGGCAUACACGCUGGACCCCGGGCGGUGGUAGCCAAAAUUCAUAGUGCGUUUCCAGAAAUGGGCCGUUGA